UGAUGCCCACUAGCAAUGUUGAAGAUGCUGGGUAGGUAUCUAGGCAGAAGUGCAGGUUUGUUCAGCAGAGUCGCUCCGAGGCAGUGCUUGGCGCUUGGGUGCUUUGGUGCCUACCUGCCUGCUGGAAACCACCGAACGACCUCAUUGGCCUGACGUCAAUUUUGGCACUUACAUCCACGCUAGGUUUACCACGAGGUUGACUGACUUCAUGCGCGUCUCGUGAAAAAAAGAGAGAUGACAAUCGCCGCGCUCUGGUUCCGCCAAGUGGUUACAAAUACUACCCGAAAGCCGAUGAUUUACUGCUUGCAACCUCGUGCUUUCCAAUUCUGCACCUCGCCUUCUCACUCUUCCCUGACCCCCCGCACAAUGUCAACCAUCACGUUGAAAGACAGCGGCCUGCAGGUCAAGCUGCCCGAUGGCCUAUCGGAAGACCAUUUGCUGGCUUUCAAGCCGUUCAACAACUGGGUCAAGGGCCUCACUAGAUCUCUGGACCUACAAGCCAAGAGCAAACAUCACCCGUUCCACCUGGACCCGUACCAGCUGCGCGCCGUCACGGUCCAAGCUUUCGAUUUGUUUGGCUCCGGCCGCGUCGGCUUCCUGAAAGCCACUGCCGACGUGAAGAACGGGGCUGGAGAGGGACUCCCGGCCAGUGUCUUCCUCCGCGGCCCCAGCGUGGGGAUGCUCGUCAUGCUUAUCCCUGACGACGCGCCGUUCGAUAGCGACGAGCGCUACGUUGUUCUGACCGUCCAGCCGCGUGUGCCCGUCGGCAGCCUGUCGUUUGUGGAGCUGCCCGCGGGCAUGGUCGACGACAGCGGCAGCUUCGCGGGCGCGGCGGCCAAGGAAAUUAAAGAAGAGCUGGACCUGGAUAUCCACGAGUCGGAACUCACCUGUCUCAGCGAGCUCGCCGGAGCAGGGAGAUCAGCGGGUAAUGAGGCCGGCGAGGGUCUGGCGGAGGCCGUGUACCCCUCGGCGGGUGGGUGUGACGAGUUCGUCACGCUGUACAGUCACGAGAAGAGGAUCCCGCGCGGGCAGCUGAGUGACUGGACCGGGAAGCUGACGGGGUUACGGGAUCACGGCGAGAAGAUCACGCUGAAGCUGGUGGCCAUGAAGGAUCUCUGGCGCGAGGGCGCGAGGGACGCGAAAUGCCUUGCUGCGCUGGCCCUGUGGGAGGGUCUAAGGCGCGAGGGCAAGUUGUGAAAUGGACGACAUGGUAACCGCAAAAAUUUGAGGGACGUGAGACACCAAAGCGGCAUUACAGCUUGAAUUUCUUGGCUAGUUCGAUGCCUUCAGCUAUGGUCCCUACGCGGGCGUCGAUGGCGUAGCCCUCGGCUUCAAAGCGGACACACUCGUCCCAAAAGUUGGCCAGGGGCACAGUAAAGACCUCGAUGAACUCGCCUUCUUCCAGCUCGGCUUUGGGGUUUUGGUUCUCAGGGAGAGAGGUGUCGAUUGUGACGUGUAUCAUGCGGAGGUUCGUGUUGCAGAAGCCAGGGUCUAGGGGGGGAUGGCCGCAAAGUUAGCACAAGAGCCGCGCGGUAACAGCAAAGCCUAUCAGCUGAGAAAUGGGAAAGAAAGAAAAACGCACCAUUGAACAUGAUGGGCGUCGUC